AUGGCUAGAACGUCUGGCGAAAAACACCCUGAUCGCGUCACGGAGAGCGAUGCUACGGUCAUUGCUGCCGAGGCGGAUGCCCCAAUCGCCCCGUUACAGGCUGGCUCGGAUAAGGAAGACACCUUCCAGGUCGAUCUCGAGUCCAAAGACACGGACAGUGAUAAGACUCGGCUUUACACAAUCACCAAUGAAAACGGGCAAGAAGAGCAUAUUUCAGAGGACGACCCGAGGAUCAGCAGUAUCCCUAGCUAUGUGCGUCGCGUAGUCAACUUGACGGACGACCCAACCGAACCGACAAUAACCUUUCGCUACUUUCUUUUGACCAUCCUCUUCGUCGCGCCGGGAGCUUUUCUGUCGCAAAUGUCGCACUACAGAACCACGUCGGCACCCUACAGUGUAUUCUUUGUCCAAAUUGCCUCCAACUAUCUCGGAAAAUGGCUCGCGCAAGUGCUUCCGGCGUGGGAGGUCAAGAUUCCAUUUACCAAAAAGAGCUUUAACUUGAACCCCGGCCCGUUCAGUACAAAGGAGCAUGUUCUCGUAACAAUAUCGGCUGCAAGCGGCGCUACAUACAAUCUCGGAUAUACUCCAAUCUCAAUGUCUGAGUUGUACUUUGGUCAGCCUGUCAAUGGAGCAGUUGCCACCUUCUUCAUGUUGGCGAUUACGUGGACUGGUUACAGCUACGCCGCUCUUGCUAGGCAAUUUUUAAUCUACGACCCUCAGUAUCCCUGGUUUCAAGCGCUCUGCCAAACGGCACUCUUCGAGACGCAGAGGAAGCAGAGAGAGCACCCCACGCCUCUUUCUCGAAAACAGAUGAAGGUGUUUUUUCUCGUGCUCAUUGGAGUCAUUCUUUGGCAGUUUCUUCCAGAGUUUGUCUUUCCCUUUCUGGGAUCUCUCGCCUUUUUGUGCUGGGUUGCUCCGCACAACGCCACGGCCAACUUUAUCGGCAGUGGUUUCGGCGGCAUGGGCUUCCUGAAUCUUUCUCUGGACUGGUCCAGCAUAUCUGCCAAUGGGAGUCUGUUCUUGACCCCGUUCUGGACACAGGUCAUCAUGUUUGCUGCCUUUGCCGUGAGCUGCUGGGUCAUUAUUCCCGCGGCCAAAUUUGGCAACAUCGGUGUCUGGAACCAUCAGCUCAUGUCUAACCGUGUAUUUCAAGGUAUGUCUACUUCCACUCUGGAGAUACCCUAUGGGCCCUUUGUGAUGGGAAAUUUCCUUGCUAAUGGGAAAGCAGAAAACGGCACAAGAUACCCUCUCGCCAAGUUGCUCACCCCCGAAAUCACCCUCAACAGAACAGCUUACGAAGAGUACGGUCAGCUGUACUCGGGACCGCAGUACCUUUGGAACAUGUUCUUCGACUACGCCGCAUACACCUCGGCGAUUGUCUGGAUUCUCUUAUUUGGCCGUGAUCAGAUCAAAGGCAGUUGGAAUAAGUUCAUGGAACGCCGCAGCAAGAAAAACGUGGGCAAGGUUACGGAGCAGUACAAUGACCAGAUCAACAUUUUGCAGCGGCGUUAUGACGAGAUUCCUCUGUCGUGGUUUAUCGGUCUUUUCCUGGCAUCAUUCGUCAUUAUGAUUGCUAUUCUUGCGACGGGACACUUGUUUGUCCCGAUAUGGACCUACAUCGUCGGCAUUCUAACAGGUGCCGUCAUUGUGAUACCUUUGGCCUGGUUGUACGCGCUCUCAAACUUCCAGCUGCCGAUCGGGACAGCCAACGAACUAUUCUAUGGCCUGAUGAUCUCAAGUGUGUCUGGAAACAAGAACCCUUGCGGUGCAAGUACUUAUGGUGCGAUUGCCGGAGACGCAUGGUAUCGGGCGCAACUUAAUCUCCAAGACAUGAAAAUCGGACACUACAUGCAUCUGCCUGCCAAGACGGUCUUUGCGAGUCAAAUCAUAGGGACUCUUAUCGGAAUUCCCAUCAAUUACGCCACGAUUCGCUGGGUUCUCGAUACGAAAAGCGAUUACAUUUCUGGCUUGAAGGAGGAUCCUACUCGACAGUGGACUGGUCAAGCUCUGGCCGGCUAUCUGUCGAGCGGAGUGCAGUACGUUCUAAUUGGUCCCAAGGAGCUCUUCAAACAGGAAAUCUAUAGGCCAGUGCCCUAUGGCUUCCUCGUUGGUGCUAUUGCUCCCUUCUUCAUCUUUACGCUGCACAAGCUGUUCCCUAGGGCCAAGUUUCAUUUAUGGAACACGACGAUUUUUUUCUCCGGCAUGUCGUCUUUUUACGGCAACAUUAGCACGGGAUACACGUCAAGUUUUAUCGGCGGCAUCGUCGUCAUGUACUGGGCAUUUCGCUACCGGUAUAACCUAUGGGCUCGGUGGAACUACAUUCUGGCGGCGGCCUUUGACGCGGGCUUCAACUUUAACAUGCUGCUCGUCUUUUUGUGCUUUGGCGCAGGCAAGAUAAUAGUCAUGCCGCAUUGGUGGGGGAAUAACAAGGAGAGUAGCGAAAGGUGCUUUGCUUUAAAUAGCUAG